UUUUUUUUUUUUUUUUUUUUAAUCAUUCUCACUCUCAGAUCGGAAAAUCCAUUGCUCCCUAUUUACAAGAUUACCUGGCGACAAUCAGGACUAAAGCUGCUAUAUUUAGCUUCUCAUUAAGCAAACUAAACAAAUCCUCAAUUAUAUGCAAACUGAUGUAAUUCUUCAUCGUCUUUUUGCUUUUCAGAUAAAGAAACACAAGUGAAGCGAAACCGCGUGGGUCCCAGCUCUGGAUUCGGCAAGUGUUACUAAUGUCGUUUUUGCGUCUCUUAUUACAGAAGGUAAUUAUGAUACGGAUUAAUGUGAAUUCUAAAUUUAGGUCCUCCCCAGUGUCACGUGACCAGAGUUUCUAUUCAAACCACGCUGUUAAAGACUCGUCCUCUCCACGUCCCUUGGUCAUUGCCUCCUGCAUGUCCAGCAGCUUGCUUCUGAUACCACGUCCGAUGAUAUAUGCUCAUCGCUGAUUUCAACGAUCCAGAAAGACAAAGCAAUAAAGUCUCCACUUAUCAUCAAAGAAAUCUUGUUGCCCAGCCUUACUCUACACGCUCACCGCUCGUUUCAACGGUCGACAAAGACAGUCUUCACCCAUCAGGUGUUGGCCAAACCCCUAUUUGGGUCCAAAAUGGAGGGCAAUCAUCGUGAAACGGGGCGUCCGCAUGCAGUGAACGGUUUCUCGGACGAUUCCAUGACACAGAAGGAAAGUCUCCCUGAUCCUAAUUCUUUUACCGACCCUUAUUACCUUCAUGCUAUUCUCGGUGAAAACGAGCGCAGUCAAGAUCCACCUAUUGUAGGCAGGGAUUCGCAGAAUUCUCACACUUCUUACUCGGAAGUGAUCGACAGUCUGAAGGAGGAAUGGAUUCUUCAGCCGAGACAGUUCAAUGGUCGUACGGAUCCUCUCCCUCCAAUCCCAGGGCCUGGCGGAAAUGUUGUGGGUGAAGUCCGCCCUAAAAACAAGUGCACACGACCUCUCAUCGUUCUUAUUGUCAUCUUUAUUCUCUUCAUCGUCAUCGCUGCUGUUGUGCUUGGUGUUACUCUUCCAAUCGUCCUAAAAGGGGGUACUUCUUCUCCUAUAACCAGGGAUGUCUGCGGAAAUUAUACACACCCUUAUUAUCCAGCGUUUGACAUCUACCCUCAUAAUUGCGGAAAAUACAUCUACUGUGUCAACGGUUCAGAGGGUGAGGUCAAACAGUGUGCAGACGGUUUAGAAUAUGCAUUUAAUAUGACCAGUGAUCCCGCCAAGGUUUGCGCUGCCCCAUCCGAGCUCACCUACUGCGAAAGACUGCGAAUAGCCGCAGUUCCCACUGUGACCCUUGACCUUGCAUCAUACGUCGCAGCCUUCCUGAACACCGACGUCGAGCUCGAGUGCAUAGUUCGCAACGUGACGACCGUGUCGCAGGUGACUUUUCUGCACGACGACACCAUCGUCGCCAGCUUCAACCUCUCCCACCGCACUGUUGCGACAAUGCGAACAGGAGCCUCGGUCGUCGGACAGGAAGUAGAGGGCGGAUACAACGUCACUCUCAUCUUGACCAACGUCACUUGUGACGACGCGGGGAGGUACUGGUGUCUGGCCAACGACAGUCGGGGGAACGUGGAGAAAUGGACGACAGUCAGCAUCAUGGAGUCUUCCGUUUUGCCCACCCUGGAAAUCCCUCGGCUUGUGGAGGGAAGGCAGAAUAACCCCCCUGUGUGCAAGGUCGCCUCCAUGGGUCAUUACUCUGUCUCGUCUUUCUCGUGGUUCUUGAAUUCUUCUUCUGUUGCAGUGAGAAUACCAACCGACAAACACCUCGAUUCAGUUUGUUACGAAGGCGCGAACUGUUAAGUCGCGGCGAGUCGCGGCUAACCCUUCAGAUAGACGCACAGUGGGACAAGCAGAACCUGUGCUGCCGAGUUCAAGAUCCUCUCCAAACACACACCACUCCCAUGGAAACCUGCCAGCCGCUGACCAUUCUGCCCUUAGUGGAGAUCACGCAAAAUCCUGUGGCUGUUCUCGGCGACACUGUCAACAUCACGUGCACCAUCCGAGACCUUAACGUGACGGAAGUGACGUUUCUGGCGUCAGGAACAACACCCUGCUCACCUUCUACACUAACACUUCCACCGUUGUCUCUAAACAAACGGAUAUGACUAUGUACGUCAACAAACGUGACGUCACGGAAUGGCAGGCCAUCCUCAGCAUAAGGAAUGUCACGUGCUCUCGCGGAGGAGAUUACACGUGCCGCGUGAACAACAGCGACGGCAAGGUUCACAACAAGUCUACUUCAUUGAGCGUUCGACGUCUGCCUAGCGCACCUACUCUAAGUAUCUAUCCGAUAGUGGAAACACUCACUAUUAAUAAUCCGAACUGCAGCGCAGGUAACCUAGGUUAUUACCCUGCCAUGACCUUUGUCUGGACCUUGACAGAAGAGAACGGAAUCGAAACCAACUUCAGCCCUACUCAGAUAACAUCAGUAAAAAGUUCAAACACACAGACUUGCACCACCAGUGGAUCCUCUGUCCUAGAUGCUCAGCGCUACAGUGGAGGCUCCUGGAACAACAGCUUGCUCUGUUGCAAGCUCACUGACCCAACGACUGGCCAGGUAGUUAAAGCAGAUUGCAAGAAGGUGUACACAUUACCAGCUAAUUAUUGCACUGGCUACAACGACGAUUUCCGCUACUACCCCUACGAACCUUGCAACACGUAUGUUCAGUGUCACGACAACUAUGUGUAUUUCAACUAUUGCAACGAUCUAUUCUGCAUUAAUCCUGUGACAAAGAGAUGCGACAUUCCUAAGACAAGCUAGCCAACCGCUGCUUCUUUUUUAACAAUCGUGUUGUAAAACUUGUUCCACAAGGAGAGUUUAAUUUGCCCGUAAAUAUCUAAGGCCAGCGACCCAAGAGAAUGACACUAUUCCACCACGAACUUGUAUUACUGGACUGCUGGCUGACGAUUUUUUUUUCCAUUUUAAAACGAGGCAUGAGACUACAAAGCUUCCGAUUUAAUCACUUUGUUAAUGCUCGCCGAGACUAACAGCGGAGAACUUCUCAAGAGGCUAAGUGUUGGUCAUGGCAGAUAGACAACAAUCCACCUAUAUACAUUCAUGAUUCCACCAACUAAAUUAUUUUAAAAUGGGGCGUCCGGUAGUGUAAUAGUUAAAACACACACUUGUCACUACUGCAUUGAGCGGCUCAGGGUUCAGAUUUCGUCUCGGGACACUGUAUGUGACACCUAUUCGUAGAGCUCGUAUUGUAUUGUAUGCUUUUGACAGGCCUGCCUUCCUGCGCUUGAACUUCCACGUGUGCUGGACUCAUUCGUCGUUCCAGUCAGACUUGUGCAGUCUGUUGGAUUUGUUUCAUUCAUAAGAUACAAAACAGGACUGAAGAGGGUACAAACUAUUUCUGCUUACAUCAUUAGGCAUAGUGCAACGUUUACCUCAGCUUAAAUUCUGCUUGACACUAAUUUUCUUAGAAUAUAUAUUGACAGUACUGCUCAAACUAUGUAUCAUGGGCAUAUACACUAUAGAACUUGCACACAAACUAAGAAGAUUUGAUUAAUGACUGAUAAAAACAGCUCAAAAUUGCUUUGCUGAUUUUAUAAAACUGUUUGGUCUGCAAAGAAAGAAACAUUUCUUGCAGGCCACGUUUAACAGUAUGUUAAGUAUUUACAUCUCAUAUGAGCUGGCAAUCAAACACAUGCCUAGCUACCUGAAGGAGUUAACAAGUUCAACAGGUUUAGUAUCAAGCUGGGGGAAAAAAACUUUAUUUUCCUAAAUGCUCAUUUUAUUUACACUUGAAAGAAAUCACUUUUUAAAAAAAAGAAAUUAGAAACUGAGAAGAACACAUUGGAAAUAAGAAUAUACUUUUAUUUGCUAUGUAAUUAUGUGAAUAAAAACCAGCGGUAUGACCACAGAAAACUUCUCAAAUAAUCUGACUGAAACUGUUGUGGACUGCUUGAUCAUCUUCUUGUAGCUGCCUCUUUAAAACUUGAGUCUUUAGUUUUUAUGAUUGCAUAAGUUGUUUCGAUUUUAGAUUUUUUUUUUUUUUUAUUUCAGAUGGUUUUUUUUUCAAUUUCAGAUUUAUUCUUUUCAAUUAUAGAUUUAUUCUUUUCAAUUUUGUAGUAAAUUUUUUCCACUUUUGAAUGGAAAAGCGCCUCCUGUAGAGUAUGUGACCCUGCAUCCUUUUUAUCUUGUUGACUUUUACCUGUAGACAUGUAAAAUACAUUGAUAUAUAUAUA